GCUAGUUGGAAAUGGGAAUCCCUCGUUCUCCGAAGAAACAUCACAGAAUGAAUACUCCCUGGAAUUGAAUUCCUUAGCUCCUGAAGGAAGAAACUAUUUGACAUUUGAUCAUGAGUCAGCGUUGAGAAGUAUCACUGAGGACGAAACAAUUGGCACAAACGAUAUUUGGCCAAGUAAAUUUUGUCCAACUCAGAAAAACGAAUACUUCCCUAUCAUCAAGAAGGAAAACCAUGGAAGUUUGCACAAUAUCAGUAAUCAAAAUGGUAUUUGGCAAUUUGAAGAAGGACUUAGAAAGCAUGACUGCGAGUUGAUGAGCAAGCAUGGAGGAAGGAGCAAUGAAGAACAAAAAGAAAAUGUUGAAAUGAAGGCCGAAAAUGGCUUUAUUUCUACAAGGAACAGAGAUGGCGCAAAGAAGCGUGGAGAAAUUUCAAAACCUCAGUGCUUGAUUGUCAAUAGGAAGAGAAGUAGAAUUGAACUGGAAGAUGAUAAUGUUGUUUUGGAAAAAGAAACACCUUUAUCAGCAAGAGGAGUUCUAGCAGAGAAAACCAAUGUUUGUAUUGCCGAGGAAGCAAUUAAAGAAGAUGCUCCUGGGAAAUGGAUGUGUCCUCGCAAGAGCAAGCCGUAUGCUGGGCCUCCAUUGAAGCAGCUUAGACUGGAACGCUGGCUGCAUCGAGAUGUGUAGGGCCAUUCUAUCAAGAAAUUAUUUUGUGCAGAGUCUGGACUGUAAAUAACUGUUUUGAUGUGAGUGUACACAACAUUUGUACAUACUGAGUAUAAUUUUGUACACAAUUUAAUUUUUU